AGACUUGCACGCGAGCGCACUCGAGUCAUAGCGAUCAUAACGAACAUAGCUAUCAAAACCAUCAUAACGAUCAGUAUUUUUUUCGUUACUAGGGUGUUUAUUGUCGGAGUUAUUAAUGCAAGUCGGCUUUUUAAGCCACGCCCGUAAACUAUGGAGCAGUUACCAGCAGUAAUUAGCGUGUUGCAAAAGUUCGUUGCUGGGCUACGCGUGCAGAGUGGUAGUAGCAUGAUAGGAUAAAUGGAUGGAGGUGUGGAUGUUGGUGUUGAAGUAAUAGCACAUGCUGAAUAACGUGAAUCAGAUUGAAUUGAAAUGUAUACCCACAGUCGUUGUCAUUUUGAUGUUGUACUUUACUUGUUACUCAUUGGAAUGUCCAAUUUAGUCACGUGUUCAGUUUACAAAAAUUUGAAGCACUUUGAGACUCUCCAUACUUCUCAAUUUAGCCACAGUAUUGUGAAGAGAGGAAUCAAGCACAGUGAUCACCCCUUCAAUAAAAUAAGGGAAGUGGCCUUCAGUACCCUUGGAAGAGACUUUCGUUUAAUUCUUACUCCAAAGAAGGGCAUUUUUCAUUCCAAAUUUAAGGUUUUCACAGUAGAUGGAGAUGGUCGAGAAAAGCCUGUAUUUGUUGAUCAUGAAGAUUUUUAUGAUGGCCGAUUGUUUGGAGAGGUCUCAUCUGAUGCAAGAGUCCAUUUAGAAGAUGGUGUUAUGACUGCAACUAUCUAUACCCCAGAAGAGAUGUAUCAUAUUGAGCCAUCAUGGCGUCAUCUGCCACAUAUGGGCAACCAGUCAAUGAUUGCUUAUCGAGAGUCAGAUAUUUAUUUUACCUGGAACCAGGGGGAAGGACAAGGAGACACAGAUACAUGGCCACGCAGCUGUGGCUAUGUGAGAGAGGGAGAAGAUGAAGACCCUGAAGGCAAUGAGGAUGAUGACGGUUAUACUAACGUACGAAACAAGCGACAGGCUGAACAGUAUGAAUACACUCCAACCAAAACAAGAUGUCCCCUGCUACUUGUGGCUGAUUAUCGCUUCUACCAGGAAAUGGGAGGCAGUAACACCAAGACAACCAUUAAUUACUUAAUCAGCUUGAUUGACCGAGUGCACAAGAUAUAUAAUGAUACAACAUGGCAGGAUCGGCAGGAGCAGGAUGGUUUCAAGGGCAUGGGUUUUGUGAUUAAAAAGAUAGUAGUUCAUAAUGAAGCUACCAAAGUCCGUGGUGGUGAAGCACACUACAAUAUGGUGCGGGAGAAAUGGGAUGUGCGGACCUUAUUGGAGGUAUUCAGUCGAGAGUACAGCCACAAGGACUUCUGCCUAGCACACCUGUUCACUGAUCUCAAGUUUGAGGGUGGGAUACUGGGACUGGCAUAUGUUGGAUCUCCCCGGCGCAACUCUGUUGGUGGCAUCUGCACACCAGAGUACUUCAAGAAUGGAUACACGUUGUAUCUGAACUCAGGCCUGAGCUCAAGUCGGAACCACUAUGGACAGAGAGUUAUAACAAGAGAGGCCGAUCUUGUUACUGCCCAUGAGUUUGGUCACAAUUGGGGUUCUGAACAUGAUCCUGAUAUUCCAGAAUGUAGCCCCAGUGCAAGUCAAGGGGGCUCCUAUCUCAUGUACACAUACAGUGUUAGUGGGUAUGAUAUCAAUAAUAAGCGCUUUUCACCAUGCAGUUUGCGAUCAAUUCGCAAAGUACUGCAGGCCAAAUCGGGGCGCUGUUUCUCUGAACCAGAAGAAUCCUUCUGUGGCAACCUGCGUGUGGAAGGUGAUGAGGAGUGUGAUGCAGGAUUACUGGGUACAGAAGACAAUGAUGCCUGCUGUGAUAAGAACUGCAAGCUGCGUCGCAACCAGGGAGCUGUGUGCAGUGACAAGAAUUCCCCAUGCUGCCAGAACUGUCAGUUUAUGCCAGGGCAGAUGAAAUGUCGUGACGCACAGCCAGCGACUUGUGAACAGGAAUCACGCUGUACAGGAGCUUCUUCAGAGUGUCCACGUAGUUUAGCAAUGACAGAUGGAACACCCUGCCUGGAGAGAGGACAGUGUCGUAGGGGGAAGUGUAUGCCAUACUGUGAGACCCAGGGUCUUCAAAGCUGCAUGUGUGACAUCAUUGCAGAUGCUUGUAAACGAUGCUGUCGCAUGAACCUGAAUGACACAUGUUUCCCUGUUGAUCCUCAAGACAUUCUGCCUGAUGGAACUCCCUGUAUUCAGGGCUUCUGCAAUAAGGGUAUGUGUGAGAAAACAAUCCAAGAUGUGGUGGAGAGAUUCUGGGAUAUUAUAGAAGACAUCAAUAUCAACAAAGUUCUAGUUUUUCUACGGGACAAUAUUGUUGGUACAGUGAUCCUUGUGACAGCCAUCAUUUGGAUUCCAGCCAGUUGUGUAGUGAGUUAUGUGGACCGAAGGAGAAGAAAUGCUCAAGAAGCAAGUGACAAAUGGAGGAACAGCAAUCAGUUCUAUAGGGAUGAUAAUCGACGUGUAAUAAACAUAAACAUUUCACGGCAAAGACCUCCCACUGCAGCACACCUCCAUACAACAGGACCCUUGUAAUUUUAGGUUAAUUUACGGUGGCACUGUGAAUAUUAUGUAAGGAUUAGUUCAUAUCUGACUUCUAUAGUACUUCUUUGCAGUGCAUCAAUUAAUGUUCUGUGUUGAAAAUUUAUCUUCCACACAUUGUACAACUGUCAUUGCCCAUGCGCUGGUUCAUCAAGCCCAUACAGUUCUAACAUUGCAUUCUUUGCCAUAUAAAUCCAAUUAUUGCCAAGUUUAAAUCCAAUCACCAGCACUCUGUAAUAGCAGGAGCUUUAUAUGCUGACAUUGAAGAUUAGCGAUGGGUUUUAAUAGAUAUUCUGUAUCUGUUGACAGUAAGUUUUCUGAACAACACAGCUGUGAAGUGAACUUACACAUUGCGGCUCUUCCAAACUUGACGGGAGCUCUGUGGGGCUCAGCUCAGCAAGCGCUCAUAAAGAAGCCCACUGCAUAUAUGAGUAUGCUUUCUGCAUUACACCCUCUUAGGACAUCCAGAUAUUUUCAGACUUGAGAAUGUCUUCAGAAAAAGUAUCUUGGUUUCUUCCAUUUUGAGCCUACUUUAGGCAUGCAUUAGUUACUAGGAUUUGUAACAUCACUGCCUCAGAAUUUGACUUGAAGCUUUGCUCUUAUUACUUUCAUAAAAUUCUUUCCUCUCACUUAUUAAUAAUUCUAGGUUUUUUUCUUGAAGAUAAAACAUGUUUAGAAGGUAUAUUAAAUAACACUGGUUUCUCAUCUGUGUGCCCUUAACAGUAUAAGAACAAUUGGAUGGAUGAAGAGAUAUGCACAUGCAUGUGUAUGCAUACACACACCCACAUGCACAGACCAAAAAUUAAUAGAUGUGUAAUAUUGCCAUAAUUACAUACUGUAUUUGCCAAAAUGUAAUCCAGUUUUUCCCAUAAAGUAAGGCAGUACAGUGUACAGUUAGAUGUACCAGGUUUCCCUGAUGCAUUUCAGAGUACAAGUUACUUGUAAAAUUUAUAAUGUAGUUAUUUUCCUUGCUUUAGAAUCUGAAGCUCUUAAAAUGCCAUCAGGUUCAGCAAUUUGUUCAUAAUUUAACUAUAUUUAUAUGAGAAUUCUUCAAUUUAAAUAUGAUUAAACACUAUAUUAUAUUUAAGCAUCCUGUUACACUCUAUACGAUAUAUGAUAUAAAUUCCAUCCUAAGUGCAACAGUUUAUUGUAGGUCGUUCGUUUUGUCUUCUUCUACACUACAUGUUUCGGCCGCAAACGGCCAUCAUCAGGUGUAUACACUCACGUAAAUUUUAAAAUUUGAA